AUGCGUCUUCAUCUCCUGCGUCAGCUGCCCCCUAAGCCCUUUCUCAAGCGCGACCUGUCGACGCGAGCCACGCCUUCGCUCCUCACGGAAGUGGAUCGCGUCGCAGCUUUAGAGCGAAUCACGGGUGCGUGGAAAGUCGCCCCUAAUCGCGACGCUAUUCGCCGCGUCUUUGAGUUCCGCGAUUUCAAUGAGGCCUGGGGUUUUAUGAACCGGGCGGCGUUGCUGGCUGAGCAGAUGGGGCAUCACCCCGAGUGGUUUAACGUCUACAAUCGCGUAGACGUGACGCUGACUACGCACGACUGUGGAGGCCUCUCGAUGAACGAUAUUGAAAUGGCAGUUGCCAUGAACAGCUACGCUGAGUCCGUGUAG